AUGUCGGAAACCAUAGCACCUCUGUCUUUGACUCAAGAGCGGUCUGCGGAUCUCAUCUCUUUGUUGACCGACGGUUUACUACAUAUCAAGGAUACGAGUGGACGGUUCUUGCUAAAGCUCCAUGAUGGAACACUUGUUGAUACAAAAGGAUGGGAGCACCCAACCGUCUUCUCAUGGGAAUGGACUCACGGUAUAGCUCUUACAGCUUUGUGUCAUCAUUCUGCUCUUGAUCCUUCUUCCCCCGGUGCUCAGAAAUCGUUGAAAGUAGCUCUUGACUGGUUUGAAACGCAGUGGAAAAGGACAGAUGGUAAAGGUGCUCCGAAGAACAUCAACACUAUGUCUCCUUUUUACUCUCUUGCAUGUUUUGUAGAGGAUGGAAGGACCAAAGACCCCAAGUGGAACGGGUGGAUCGAUGAAUGGGCAGAGUGGAUCAUGGACGGUCUUCCAAGAACCCAAGAAGGUGGUUUCCAACACAUGACAUACGUCAAUAUGCACGAAAACAACUUGUGGGAUGACACAUUGAUGAUGUCUGUGAUACCCCUCGCCAAGAUUGGUAUACUACUUGACAGACCUCAUUACAUUGAAGAAGCCAAAUAUCAGUUCCUCAUUCACAUCAAAUACCUCGCUGAUUCAGUGUCCGGUCUUUGGUACCAUGGUUGGCAAUUCACUCCAGAGAAAUUAGAAGGAGGAAAUGGUGGUGCUGAGACCAAUGGGGGUCACAAUUUUGCCAAAGGUCUUUGGGCUCGAGGAAAUUGCUGGAUCACCGUCUCCAUCCCCAUGUUCCUCGAUAUCCUUGGUGACAAGCUCCCCCCAACAGAUCCUAUUUACCGACAUCUGGUAUCUAUUUGGAGACGACAAGUUGAUGCUUUUGUCCGAUCUCAAGAUCCCAAGACCGGCCUUUGGCAUACUUUGAUCGUGGAUCCUACCAGUUAUGUCGAGACGAGUGCGGCAGCUGGUGUUGUUGCUGGUAUUUACAUGGGAAUUAGACAAGGCUUGAUUUCCGACCCAGCAUACCGAAAAUGUGCUGAUGCAGGUCUUGCUGGUGUGAUUGCUCAAAUACAACCUGAUGGAGAAGUAGCAAAUGUCAGUUUUGGCACUGGGAUGGGAAGUUCUCUCCAGUUCUACAAGGAUAUCGCGAUCACUUCAAUGCCUUACGGUCAAGCCCUCGCAAUGCACGCACUAGUCGAGUGGCAGCGGCUUCAGAACGGUGAAGGUGUUGCUGCACCAAAAUGA